AUGUCAAGUAUCAGAGAAAGAAAGCAGCAUUUUCAUCUUGAUCAAGGAUCAGCACCGAAUCAAUUGAAUUAUAGUACAAAUUGGAUGAGCUACAAAGGUGCUUGGGUUACCAUUAUAUUGAUCGUAGUAGCUAUCAAGAUUCUGUAUUCGCUUAUUCCAUUCAUUUCCUCCGAGACAAGUUGGACAUUGACCAAUUUGACCUUUAAUGCUGGCCAUUUUAUUAUGUUUCAUUGGCUGCAAGGCACACCAACACUGGAUAACAAUCAAGGCGCUUAUGAUGGGCUGACAGUGUGGGAGCAGAUUGACGAUGGUAUUCAGUUCACAGCCACUAGAAAGUUUCUGAUGGCAGUGCCAAUAGUGCUAUUCCUACUAAGCACGCAUUAUACUCAUUACGACAUGUUACAGUUCGCCAUCAAUUUCUGUUCCCUGGCCAUUGUAUUGAUAGCAAAACUACCAGCCAUGCAUCAAGUCAGAAUAUUUGGCAUCAACAAGCGUACAAGCGAAGAAUUCUAA